AUGGACAGGACCUCCAUUCUUGGAGACACCAUUGAUUACAUGAAAGAGCUUCUAGAAAGGAUAGGCAAGUUGCAAGAAGAAGAAAUGGAGGAGGGAACAAAUCGGAUAAACCUCUUGGGCAUUUCUAAGGAGCUAAAGCCAAAUGAAGUAAUGGUAAGAAAUUCCCCCAAGGACACAAGGAUUAGCAUCUGCUGUGCCACAAAGCCAGGAUUACUACUGUCCACAGUGAACACCUUAGAAGCAUUAGGCCUUGAGAUUCACCAGUGUGUUAUAAGCAGCUUCAAUGAUUUUUCAAUACAAGCAUCUUGCUCAGAGGUAGCAGAGCAGAGAAAUUGUAUGAGCCAAGAAGAGAUAAAGCAAGCACUAUUCAGAAAUGCAAGUUAUGGUGAGGCUUCUGUGCAAAAUGUUCCCUAA